CGUGAUGGAUAAAACACUGCAUUUGUUUCCAUUUCUAACGAAUAACUGUGACUAAAGCCAAAUGGAUUGUGCAUAAACUGUAAUCCACGGUUAUCUUUGCAGCCUGGGUGUUAUCACGGGUCAUCUGUGAAUCCUGUGACACUUCAGCGAAUAUACAAAUCUCCAGUGCAACUUGGGGUAAAUUAAGUGGGAGCCUGUGUCUGCUGAGAGCUCAUUGGUAGAUACUGCAUUCAUGGAAACUGCGUUAUGGAGCACAACGGUGAAGUCAUUAAGAAGCUUACAGACGUUCUGGCAGAUUAGGUUUUUCUCUUCUAAUCCUGUAGAUUACCACUGCACAAGCCCUGCUGGCUGAGAGUGCGUCGAUGCGUUGCAGUUUCUUUACAUUGAUCAUUUUUGUGUGUGUGUACUAAAGUGUCAUCACUGAACUACGUAGCCUAAGACUGAUACGAGCGGAAAAAAGGACAGGUCAAAGUGCGCCAGAAGUGCCGAAAGUAGGCAGGGGACCAGCGCUUUGAAAAAACCACUGAUGAAGCUAGGAUUUAAGGAUCUGACCUGGAUUUACUGAAGCGCAACAUGGAUUUUUGUAAAUAUUAUUUGAAGGAGAUAUUUUGUUGCACUGACACACCAUAGUUGGUGAACAGAACUCCUAAUCUACACCUAAGGAACCACUGGGUGAACAACGAGGAUCAUCUCUUUUGGAGGCCCAUGCUCUCUGUAGUGAAAUGGAGACAGAGCCAUGUUGUGAUGCGCAUAAUGACCCUGGAGUAACGGCUACAGAGUCUGAUGUGAAGGAGGCAAUUUUUGGACUUGUUGAUGGAAACAGUCUCAAUGAGCUGCCCCGUGCGCCUGCAGAGGAAGGCGGGGAGCUGUUUGGGAGUGAGCAGGCUGAAACAGAGAGAAGUGCAGCAGAGAAUAAAGACACUGAGAUAAAAAGCCCCUCUGAUCCUAAGCAAGAGAGUGGAGAGACAGGAUGCAAGGCAGUGAAGAAAUUCAAAAAAUCAAACAGUUGGAAAAUGGUAAGAUUUCAAGACCCAUCAACAGAAGAUGAUGUGUUGGAGAGGGACAGCUCCACGGAGAGUCUCUUUCCUGAAUAUGCCACACAGGAGUGGACUUCCACAAGCUUUGAAGAGCUGUUCAUGGCAGAAGAUUGGACAGAGAUUACAGAGGACCGGCUGUUGAGGAAGAAAGUGCUGGAGCCUGGGACUCCACAGGGCCCGCGCCCUGCCUGGGACCAGGAGGUUACUGUAAAGAUGCAGUGUGUCCUGGAGGACUGCACUGUGGUGGAAAAGGACUGCAAGCUUGUCUUUGUUAUUGGAGAGGGAGAUGUGAACCAGGCCUUGGAGGAGUGUGUCAUGUCCAUGCAGAAAGGAGAGAUCACAUUACUGCUAACAGAUUCGCAGUAUGCCUAUGGACUUCUGGGAAGAGAGCCUGAUAUUCCAGCCUGGGCUCCUUUACUCUACCAGCUGCAGCUGCUGGACUUCAGAGAGAAACCGGACCCAUUAACUCUGCCCAUUGCAGACCGCAUCCGCAUCGGCAACCAGAAACGAGAGACAGGGAAUUUUCAUUUCCAGAGGGAGGAAUACAGCUUGGCUGCCCGGGCCUAUUGCGUGGCUCUGGAUGUGCUGACCACACGCAGCAAAGAUGGUAAUGAUGUUGGUGUGAAGGAAGAGGAGGAGGAGGUGCAGGACUACCGUGUGAAGUGUUUGAACAACCUGGCGACCACUCAAGUCAGACUGGAGCAGUUUGACGAGGCUCUGCACACCAGCCGAGACGUUCUGACCCUCGAGCCAAACAACGUCAAGGCCCUCUUCAGGGUAGGAAAGCUCCUGUCUGACAAGGGUGAAUACAAAGAGGCUAUGGAAGUGCUAAAAAAGGCCUUGAAACUGGAGCCAGCCACCAAGGCAAUCCAUGUCGAGUUAUCUAAACUUGUCAAAAGGCAGUCUGGAGGCAAAGAAACCCAAGAGUGGAAACCCAAACCAGCAGAGAUGCUUGGAGACAAUAUUGCACCUUUCCUGAUCCCAUCUAAGAAGAAGCCAUCUGGAAUUUCCUGGAAAUUUAUACUUGGAGCUCUGGUGGUGGCUCUGGGCAGUUUGGUGACAUCAAUGAUUUUGACUGCAAGAAACUGAAAUCCUCUUUUGGAAGUAGUUCGAAGAUCAUCAUCUUCAUAUGCAGGAGCAGAGUUUGGUCUCGAGUCAUCUAAUAAGUUUAUAUGAAAAGAGUUUUCUGCUGUUGAUUCAACACGACAGCACUGGAGCCUGAACUAAAAAGCUCUCGUCUGAAAAACGAAUAAUAAAACAGAGUUCUCAGUAGGUUUCUGCUGAUUGAUACGACAGAAGCUUCUCAGCUUUCCAGUUCUGUCUGUUUCACUUGGAAAAAGGAUUACGUUUCUCUUUGUUAUAAAUAAUGGGGCCUGGAAAAUGUUCCAUUAUCACAGAUGUUCAACAAAAAAAACAAAAAAAACCCCCAAAAAUUAGUGGAUGUGAGACUUUUGUAAAGAAAAAACCCAGUUACAAGCAGUUUUAUUUACACACAGAUAAAUCCUUCAAUUAGUACAAGCGAUAAACCCGCAAUAUAGUAUUGCUUACAGUGAUGAUGAAAA